CACGUGUCCCCACGUGUCCCCGGCAGGUGGGGGCGGGGGCCAUCGGCUGCGAGCUGCUCAAGAACUUCGCCAUGGUGGGCCUGGGCUGCGGCCCCGAGGGCAGCGUCACCGUCACCGACAUGGACACCAUCGAGAAGUCCAACCUCAACCGCCAGUUCCUCUUCCGGCCGUGGGACGUCACGAAGCUGAAGUCGGAGCGGGCGGCGGCGGCGGCGCGGGAGAUGAACCCGGCGCUGCGCGUCAGCAGCCGCACCGACCGCGUGGGCCCCGACACCGAGCGCGUCUACGACGACGACUUCUUCGAGGGGCUGGACGGCGUGGCCAACGCGCUGGACAACGUGGACGCGCGGCUGUACAUGGACCGGCGCUGCGUUUAUUACCGGAAGCCGCUGCUGGAGUCGGGCACGUUGGGCACCAAGGGCAACGUGCAGGUGGUGAUCCCGUUCCUGAGCGAGUCCUACAGCUCCAGCCAGGACCCCCCCGAGAAGGCCAUUCCCAUCUGCACCCUCAAGAACUUCCCCAACGCCAUCGAGCACACGCUGCAGUGGGCGCGUGAUGAGUUCGAGGGGCUCUUCAAGCAGCCGGCCGAGAACGUGAACCAGUACCUGAUGGACCCCAAGUUCCUGGAGCGGACCCUGCGCCUGGCGGGCACGCAGCCGCUGGAGGUGCUGGAGGCCGUGCAGCGCAGCCUGGUCAGCGACCGGCCCCACGCCUGGCCCGACUGCGUGGCCUGGGCCUGCCGGCACUGGCACCGCCAGUACAGCAACAACAUCCGCCAGCUGCUGCACAACUUCCCCCCGGGACAGAAAACGAACUCGGGCACCCUGUUCUGGUCGGGGCCCAAGCGCUGCCCCCACCCGCUCGUGUUCGACCCCGACAACCCCCUGCACCUGGACUACGUGGUGGCGGCGGCGAACCUGUUUGCGCAGAGCUACGGCAUCGCGGGCUCGCGGGACCGGGCGGCCGUGGCAGAGCUGGUGCGGCACGUGCGGGUGCCCCCGUUCGCGCCCAAGGCCGGCGUGCGCAUCCACGUGUCCGACCAGGAGCUGCAGAGCGCCAGUGCUGCCCUGGAUGACGGGCGCCUGGAGGAGCUGAGGGCGUCGCUGCCCAGCCCCGCGGAGCUCCCGGGGUUCCGGAUGUUCCCCAUCGACUUUGAGAAGGACGAUGACACCAAUUUCCACAUGGAUUUCAUCGUGGCCGCCUCCAACCUGCGGGCGGAGAACUACGACAUCCCCCCGGCCGACCGCCACAAGAGCAAACUGAUCGCAGGGAAGAUCAUCCCGGCCAUCGCCACCACCACGGCGGCCGUGGUGGGCCUGGCGUGCCUGGAGCUCUUCAAGCUGGUGCAGGGGCACCGCCGGCUGAGCUCCUACAAAAACGCCUUCCUCAACCUGGCACUGCCCUUCGUGGGCUUCUCCGAGCCCCUCGCCUGCCCCCGCAACAAGUACUACGAGGUGGAGUGGACGCUGUGGGACCGGUUCGAGGUGCAGGGGCUGCAGCCCGACGGGCAGGAGAUGACCCUGCGCCAGUUCCUCGCCUACUUCAAGAAGGAGCACCGGCUGGAGAUCACCAUGCUGUCCCAGGGCGUGUCCAUGCUCUACUCCUUCUUCAUGCCGGCCGCCAAGCUGCGCGAGCGCCACGACCAACCGAUGACAGAGAUCGUGACGCGGGUGUCCAAGAAGAAGCUGGGCCGCCACGUCAAGGCGCUGGUGUUCGAGCUGUGCUGCAACGACGACAGCGACGCCGACAUCGAGGUGCCCUACGUGCGCUACACCAUCCGCUAGGGGGCGCCCGGCCCCGCCCCUCCGCCCGGCCCCGCCCCCCGCACAGGCCACGCCCCGUCACGCCCCGCCCCUCUCCCAUAGUCGUUGUUGUGUCGGCCCCGCCCCCUGGGUGGGGGUGGGGUCUGGGGGCGGGGCGAGGGCCCCGCCCAAUAAACAUAGACCUUGGCAAA